AUGGUAGUGAACGGUCGGGCGAUGUUCCGUCCCGUGUACUGGCGAUGGUUGGCCACAAUGCUGUUCCCCACGUGGCUAUUGGAUUGGCUGAACAUUCACUCCGAGACCAACGAUAAGUCGAUCGACUAUUUCUGUCAAUUCACGCGACAAUUGAUGCGUUUGAAGGAAAAGGAAGGAACGGAACACAACCGGGAAUUCAAUGAUUUUAUUAAUCUUCUCACAAAACAUAAUAACAUGAAAAGAGAAUUCGAUGGAAGCAAACAACAGACAGAAGUGGAUGAAAGCGAUGGUGAGCUGAACCCACUCGACGCCGACACACAGGCGGACGGCAAGAAACGGACGACUAAACAGUCGACUCACCGGCCGAUGACAGACGAGGAGGUGAUCGCACAGGUAUUCUCAUCGCUGACGGGCGGCUUCGAGGCCGGAAACAACGCUCUCGCGUUCGCAACACUCGAGUUAGCCCUCCAUCCGGACAUUCAGGAGCGGGUGUACGACGAGGUCGUGUCCGUCACCGGGGAGUCCGGCGACGGCCGCAUAGACUACGAAACGUUGGCUCGAAUGCCAUACUUAGACGCUGUGGUCAGCGAGACUCAGCGCCUUCACUCGGCUGCUCUGCGCCCGACCCGCGUGGCCGCUAUGGACCACACAUUGGGCGACACUGGCAUACAUGUACGUAAGGGACAGACUAUUGAACUAAUGGCGUACGCUAUGCACCGGUCGGACGAGUACUGGCCCGGCGCCGACCAUUUCGAUCCUAAGCGUUUUAUGCCAGAAAACAAGGCUAAUAUUAAUCCGUAUGCGUACAUACCGUUCGGCGCCGGCCCCCGGGCCUGCAUUGGCCAACGCUUCUCACUGAUGAUGAUUAAGUUAGGUGUGGCCCGAAUGAUCCGGGCGUUCAAGUUUAGGCCGUGUGAGCGAACACGAGUGCCCACACCUCUGAUCAAGAAUAUGCGUUUCAAAGCGGCUCAAGACGUAUAUCUGUCCGUCGAGUCACGUGCUUAA